AUGAAUACUCCAACGACUAGAGAUUUUUUGCGGAGGCCAGACGGACCACGUAGAAGAUCUUCUCGCCAAGCUUUAGCAGUGAUUCCUGUCAACAAUUCCUCAUCGCCUGGAGAAACUAUUGCCACAGAAGUUAAUGCAAUGGACAAUCUUUUAAACAGUCGACAUGGUUCUGAUUCUUGGAGCCCUGCACCUAGCCCUGAUGAGUUGGUGAUCCAAAAACGGGGACGUCGUCGUAGAACUAUAGUUUGGUCCCCAGAUGUUGAUACUUGUAAAAGAAAUAGCCUGUUUAGCUUAAGUUCCAAGGACCGUACUCCGGUGAAGAGUCCAUCAAAAUCAACUAUGGUGUUAAGAAGUACACCUAGGAAAAGGCUUGCUCUUGGGGACAAUAACGAGUCUCAAUUUACAACACCAGAGAAAAAGAAAAAGUCACAGAACUCAUUAGAUGCUAAUAAUGCACAGAAAUAUUUCACUGGUAAUUUAUUGAGUGGUUUGAGAGGUCUCAGUCAUGAUCAGUUAGUGCAGAUGAUUAUGGAUUUGGUAUCUAUGCAAGAGGAUGGUCUUUUGAGGGAGGAUGAAAAAAUAUGUAAUGUUUUAUUAAAAAAAAUGCCAGUGGCUGAUGUACAACCACUGAUUGAUACAUUAAAUAAUUUAAAGCAAAAUAUUCAGGCUGGUAUUAUGUCAUCUAAUAACUCAGCUGACAAUUGUAGUCACAUUCAUUUAGAUGCCUUUCAGAAAACUGUCAUAGAUCAAGGAAAAAGACUUGUAGAGUCACAGCAUUGGAUAUCAGUAAUGCAUUAUGUGUAUGCAGCAUGGAACAUUACAAAGCAAUUAUACGAAUGGGAAAAUCAACGUCUACGUGAGUUGACGUGUAAAUGUUUUAAAAAUUUGACGCAUUUUUGUUCUCAAGCCUUGAAAAAGGGAAAUUUCUCGAGUACCGUGUUGGAUAUGUUUGCUGACAGGCUCGAUGCGAUGGUCGUUGAUUGCGAGGAUCUAAAAGUUUGCUUGCAGUUGAUAAACGAAGUGAAAAAGAACGGAAUCUAG